AAGUUGCAAGAUCUCAAACCAUCGAUCUGUUACAUUCCAUCAGACUUUGGAAAUAUUGUGAAAAUAUGCCACAAGAACGAGAUCCUUUUCCAUUCCCGCGAUAUGAGAACGAUUAUACAUUUACAGGGAGUAAGGAAAUGCAGAUAUUGCCAUACGACAAGCCAACUCACCUCGCACAAAAUGACGAACCCUGGAGGAGACUCCAUAACAGGAUGACACAGGCCAGCUCUCGCAGAAAUGUCUUUCAUUAUGACACUAAAGCACCAAAGGACAGUCUGGACAUUCAUCUAAAGUCCACAUACGAUCAUCAUCUAGGAUUAUUUCAAAACAAAAAUCAAAUCCUGACGCAGAAGGAAACUGUUGCGUUGGAUAAUGGGGCACUGAAAAACAAAGAAUUAGAAGAAUCGUUGUGUGAGACUGAAGACACACGAUUGAAAGUGUGGGUCGACAGCCAGAAGGCUUCUAUAUACAGUAUCAAAGGGUCCAUAGAGUCUCAUCACACCGCCUCUACAAACCGAGGUUACUCUCGUAAGCACGAUGGCGGCUUUUACUCGACAUAACACAAUGCACAUGAUAUACAAGUUAAGAUGGGUUACCCGUACACCCACCAGUCGGUUGUUAAACAAUGGGUAUCAGCAAUACCACGGCCGUGAGGGGGUGGAGGCCGUUGGUAAUAAAAGAACCGUACAAAUGCC